AUGUCGCGUGCUCUUAUGAACAAAAUCCCACAACUCGCACAUGCCUCUACACUGCCUGGCGCAAGAAUACAACCCUCCAUUCGAACAGCCGCCGCUGCCGUGCUUCACCAUGUCCCAACAACAUCCACGCCCGUCCGGCACUCCUCCCACUCCCCCAUCGGCGCCGUCUCCUCCUCUCGGAAGAAAGUCACCAUUCAAACCCUCCAAACCCUCUACAAACGCAACGAGCCCAUCACCAUGAUCACCGCCCACGACUUCCCCUCCGCCCACGUCGCCGAGCACGCUGGCAUGGACAUGAUCCUUGUCGGCGACAGUCUCGCCAUGGUCGCGCUAGGAAUGGAAGACACCAGCGAGGUCCUCCUCGAGGAGAUGCUACUACACUGCCGGAGCGUUGCUAGAGGCGCCAAGGCAUCCUUCAUCGUUGGUGAUUUGCCGAUGGGGAGCUACGAAGUGAGUCCUGAGCAGGCGCUGCAGUCCGCUAUACGGUUGGUCAAGGAGGGGAGGGUACACGCUGUGAAGCUGGAGGGAGGGGUCGAGAUGGCGCCGGCGAUUGCGAAGAUUACGGCGGCGGGAAUACCGGUGUUGGCGCAUAUUGGGUUGACGCCGCAAAGGCAGAAUGCGUUGGGUGGGUUUCGGGUGCAGGGUAAGUCUGUUGGUGGAGCGUUGAAGGUGUUGGAGGACGCGAAGGCGGUGCAGCAUGCUGGGGCAUUUGGGGUGGUCUUGGAGGCCAUACCGGAACCUGUCGCGAACGCUGUUACAAAGAGGUUGCAGAUACCAACGAUUGGAAUUGGCGCUGGAAGUGGCUGCUCGGGGCAGGUCCUGGUGCAGGUGGAUAUGGCUGGCUACUUUCCUCCAGGACGAAGGGUGCCGAAGUUUGUGAAGAAGUUCGGUGACCUUUGGGGUGAGGCUAGUAGGGCGUUAGAGACAUAUCGUGAUGAGGUGAAGAGCAGAAGCUAUCCUGCUGCGGAGCAUAACUACCCUAUGCCUGCAGAUCAGGUGGCAGAGUUUGAGAAGGCUGCGGAUAGCGUGGAGCGAGGGCAUACAGACUCGUAA